AUGGUGGGAAGGGGAAAGAACGCAAUGCAACAAAUUGGCAUUACCCAAGCAAGCUCUUUUCACGCUCCUCCCACACGCGUCAAUGGCAAAAACACAGACUUUGGCAACCAGCAUGUUGGAGGAGCAUCCCCAUCAACCACAUAUGACAAACAGUUGGUAACAACACAAACACAGAUGUCGACAACCACCACUAUGGAAAGCUCCACCACUCAAGCGAAAUUGCAUCUAGAGAGCAUUGCAAACUAG